AUGUUACCAAGGGUCUCGGGUCUACUCGUAGGCUCUAUUCUUACAUUUGCAAUUGCAUUGGCCAAUCGUGUUCCAUUUGAUGAAUUCACGAAUGCUCAGGUAUGCGAGGGAAUGUAUUCGAAGAAAGACUGGGGUGGCAGUACUCAGCCUCAGAUUCAAUUGAAGCUAGAGCAGUUUGGCAGUCAUAAGUAUAACAAGAAUGAUCCAGAUGGCAAUAAAAAUGAUGAAAUCCGAGUUAGCUACGUUGUUUUCGAGUAUAAGGAUAUUGUACACCUUGGCAAGACUAAUAAAGAUGGCAGAAGAAAGUACAUCUGUGACUCCUCGGCGAUAGCGGAAGGAUUGUGUGACGAAGAUUCUCAAGGAAAGUUCAUAUUGAAUAGUGAUGUGACUAACACUACUGUCCAAACUGCACAAUUAACCCACUUAGGCCCAGGCCACAUCAAGUACUCAGUUGACAGAACAGGCUACUACUGUGUAGCAACAUACAGUGACACAAACUCCAAGUAUAAGGGCGUGACUAAUUUUCAAAACGCUUUUGGUCACUUGAGUGCUUCAGAAAUACCAAAAUUGCCUGCUUAUGGAAUCCUUACCCUUGGCUACGCAGUGGUGCUAGCAUUGUAUGGGUUCCAGUUUUUCAAGAAGAGAAAUCAGAACCAAAUUCUUCCAUUGCAAAAGUACCUCUUGGCCAUGCUUGGAUUCUUGACUUUUGACACACUAGUUGUUUGGUCUUAUUACGAUUUGAAGAAUAGAACAGCUAACCAACAGAAUGGUUUUGUCAUAUUCUAUACUAUCUUCUUAUCGUUCUUAAAUGCCGGCAAAAUGACUUUCUUCUUCUUUUUGCUUCUAUUAAUCGGACUCGGUUACGGUGUUGUCAAGUUGAAGCUUCCAAAAAAAAUUAUGUUCAGGUGCAAACUUCUUGCUGGCUUUCAUUUUGCUGCUGCUAUGUUUUACUUAAUCAUGACGUAUAUCAGAUCUUCAAAGAAUUCUUUGUCCUCAAGCAGUACGGUUUCUUCAGACAACUAUGCAGCAAGUAUCUGGGAUAUCAUUCCGAUUAUACCGGUAUCCAUUACUACGACAGCAUUUUACGUGAGUAUUUUAUCAUCUAUUAGAGGAACGACCGCAAAUCUUCAUAAGCAACGCCAGGUUAUCAAGUUACAACUUUAUGAAAAUUUGUUCCGUAUCAUUUUCCUUUCGGUGUUCCUCUCUAUGGGUGGAUUGGUCCUUUCCAGUUUCAUUUUAUUGAGUUUAUCUACUACUGAUGUUAUUGAAGAGCAUUGGAAAGGUUCUUACUUCUUGUUUGACUUUUGGCCAAGUAUUGUUUUCUUUUUGGUUUUCUUUGGCGUCUCGUGGCUCUGGAGACCAACUGAAACAAGUUAUAUGUUGGCUGUUUCUCAACAAGUUGCUACUGAUGGUGGCGAAGAAGGCGAAAAUGGUGGUGCUGCUCAAGGGCAUGAAUUUGAGUUGGAUGACAUCUCUUUGAUGAGUCACAGUGAUGAUGAGGGUAAUCUUGGUAGAGAUAGCUUCGAGUUGCAAAACCUGAAUAUCCCAAAUGAAGCACCUCCAAACUACGAAGAAGAUGAGGCCAUCCACAAGGGAAAUCUGGCGCAUGGAGAGGCGGGCAAGUCCAAUAAUACACUCUUCGAACUUGGUGAUGACGAUGAAGAUGAUCAUCAUCAUGGAAGUAGUACUGGCCGUGAUGAGUACGAGCCUCUUGAUGAUGACGAGUCAGACGACCGGUUAAGAAAAUAG